AUGACACCUUCAAAUGAGACAAUAUUUUGGACAUCGGAAGAACCGGACAACCGAACGACUGGUGACUCUAUCGGCCCUGAAGUGGUAAUUGUGCCGGUCAUAUUUGGAUGUAUAUUCCUUUUAGGCAUUUUUGGCAACACAUUAGUGAUUAUAGUCAUUGGAAGAGUCAAGUCCAGGCGUUCUCGAAGUACCACGAACAUUUUUAUCCUAAAUCUCAGCAUAGCUGAUUUGACAUUUUUAUUAAUUUGUGUCCCUUUUCAAGCAACAAUAUACAGCCUGCCAGAGUGGAUCUUCGGGGCUUUCUUGUGUAAAUUUGUUCACUAUUUCGUGACGGUGAGCAUGCUUGUGAGCAUCUUCACUCUGGUGGCUAUGUCCAUUGACAGAUACAUUGCUGUUGUCCACUCGAAGAAAUCACCAUGCAUUCGCAAUAGAAAGAAUGCCCUCAUUGGAGUCUGUAUCAUUUGGAUGCUUUCUUUCAUCUUUGCCAUACCAGUUGCUCAACAUCAGAUACUUACCGGCCAUCCUGAGGCUCCCAACAGUUCAUUUUGUUGGGAAAUAUGGACCGAAAGUGUCGCCAAACAAACCUACAAAGUGACUAUUUUAGUAAUUGGGUAUCUGUUACCACUGUGUUUGAUCACGUGCUGUUAUACCAAGGUCCUGUAUCAUUUACACAAAAAGAUGAAGAACAUGUCCAAGAAAUCUGAGCGUUCAAAGAGAAAGACAGCUCAAACGGUACUUUUGGUGGUGGCUGCCUUCCUCAUCUGCUGGAUGCCUCACCACAUCAUUGCCAUGUGGGUGGUGUUUGGCAGCUUCCCUCUGAACGACGCAUCCUUCGCCUUCCGCAUCAUCUCCCACUGCCUGGCUUACGGCAACUCCUGCGUAAACCCCAUCCUCUACGCGUUCCUCUCAGAGAACUUCCGCAAGGCCUGCCAACAGGUCUUCACCUGUUACCUGUUCUACCCACCACCGCCAGUGGAGAAGGUGGUGCGUAUUCGGAUGGACAACUUCUCCACCACGCACUCCACAACCAAUAUAUGAGGUGGCAAGACAGCUAUGUACUGUGUGUGAAAAAAUCACAGAGACUCCUGUGUUAAAUUCGGCUGUAUACCAUCCGUUACAAGGCUCAAGAAGAGAAAUGGUACACCAAGACUUUCAACUUUACGUAAGUGGCAGGAAAGGGCCGUAAUGAGAUGGAGGAAGUGGCAUUUCAGCGCUGAUUUUCCAGAUGCAGUUCGUUUGAUUAUUGAAAUCAAUUUAAUUUUCAAAGGAGCAGAGUGCAGAUUGAGCCGCUAAUGCUUUCAGCAGCUUGAAGUAUUCAUUGUGUAGAUAAUUCAUUUAUUCAUCAUGGUGAAUUCUGGAUUUUGGAAGGAGCUUUCUCUUGGAAAACACAUAAAAGAGAGUAUGAUCACUAGAAA